UAUCUACCCUUCUGGCGAUAGCUCGCCCCUGCCCCCUUCUUCCCCCUUCUCGUUCUCGGUGUGGAAUCUGAUUCCCGCUGCCCGGUUGAGAAAGUAGCGGCGGGGGGAAUAUUAUCUACCGUUCUGGCGAUAGCUCGCCUCUGCCCCCUUCUUCCCCCUUCUCGUUCUCGUUGUGGAAUCUGAUUCCCGCUCCUCGGUUGAGAAAGUAACGGCGGGGGCUAAUCGACAGCCUGUGGCCAUGGCGGAGGAGCGGUACAACCGGAGGAACCCGGCGGUGAAGCGGAUCCUCCAGGAGGUGAAGGAGAUGCAGUCCAACCCCUCCGACGACUUCAUGAGUCUUCCUCUCGAGGAAAAUAUUUUCGAGUGGCAGUUUGCCAUUCGAGGGCCUCAGGAUACUGAAUUUGAAGGAGGAAUCUAUCACGGACGGAUCCAAUUGCCUGCUGAAUACCCACUUAAGCCCCCUUCCUUUAUGUUUUUGAGCCCAAAUGGUCGUUUUGAAACACAGACCAAGAUCUGCUUAAGCAUAUCAAAUUAUCAUCCUGAACAUUGGCAACCAUCAUGGAGCGUGCGAACAGCAUUAGUUGCCCUAAUUGCGUUUAUGUCAACUAAUCCCAAUGGAGCUUUGGGUUCUUUGGAUUACAAGAAAGAAGUGAGGCAUGAGCUUGCCAUCAAGUCCCGUGAAGCAGCUCCUAGAUAUGGCAACCCAGAGAGACAAAAGUUAAUCGAUGAGAUUCAUCAGUACAUGCUGAGUAAAGCUCCCCCUGUGCCUCAACUUCCACCAACUCCAACCACUGAACCUACAGAUAAUUUGGUAACUGAAGAUCAAGUCACUGCUAAUUUGGAUGCUAUUACAGCUGCUGAGGAUCUUCCAAACCAGGAAUCAGAUCAGAGAGCCAUAGAAGAUGGGCAUGAGGUUCGUGUCAAUGCAGCUGAAGGGCCGCUAAGGGUUGGCAUAAGUGCUGGAGCAAGUUUAAGGUUGCCAGCGGUUGAGGUGCGUGAGCUGCACCAGAGGCCUGCUGCUAGAGUUCAGAAGCCCUUGGAUGAUCGUUUUCUCACUUGGGCUGCCAUCUGGUUGGUGGUUGCUAUUUUGCUCCUCUUAGUGAAGAAGUUUUUGAAAUCUAAUUCAUUUGCUGGAUAUAUGGGUAGCUUGUAAAUAAAAAAAAGAAUGAAGUUUGCUUUGAAGAUAAAUUGUGUUGGAUCUACAUGUUAGAGAAGCUCGUCUGCUCAUUGAUUACUACAGUAAAAUGUUGAUUCUUGUUCACAGUCUAUGUCAGUAUGAUUUUCUACUGGUACUUUUGCAAUGUAAAAUGUAUGCUCUAUAGCAUAUUAUUGACUUACAUCACUAU